AUGUCGUUUUCCCGUAAUUCUUCGACUUAUAUCAAAGAGGCCAUAAAUGUUUCACUUCUCGGUGCAAAAUUCGUACCUGGUCUAGAACCUGCUGCGUUAGUCGUUCAAUCAAUUGUCGAACAAGCAGACAAACUUAAAAAUAAUCGAGAAACUUGCGAUGAACUAGUUGAGCGAGUUAAAAUAAGCCAAAACAUUUUAGAAAAAUAUAAACCACCAGAUGAUGUUCAUAAAGAAGCUUACAGGAAGUAUAUUGAUAUCUUGAAAAAAAUAGAAGAGUACAUCAAACAACUGAGAAAACCUGGAAAUUUCAGUCGACGAUUUAUCAAUAAAAUAACGAAAUUUAUACACGCUAAAGAGGAUGAGCAAUUGCUUAAACAUUUCGUGGAUGCAUUAGACCACGCAAUCAACGCAUUUCAUUUAGAAGUGGGUAUACAAGUCUAUGAAAGCAUAUCGAAUCAAGCGAAAGAGUUAUCAGAAAUUAAAUCAACUACACUAGAAAUUAAAUCAACACUAGAAAUUAAAAAUAUCGCUAAAGGACUUGGUGCUCGUCGAUCGGAUAUAGCGAAAACAAGACUCGAUCAAAAGUUGAUUACCGAUUAUCCGUUAGCGAAAGAUGUUGUCGGAAGCAAGAGAAAAGCGUUAGUAAAGAAAAUGUUUCGCAGUCAACCGGUUGCCGUACGAAGAGUGGUAAUUGAAUAUAGUAAGGUUGAAGCAGCAGAUAAAAAUAAAUUAUUAAAUCUAACGGUCAUUGGAAAAUUGAUAUCUGAUUGUAAAAAUAUCGAAAAAUUCCAUGGCACCUAUCUAGACUCUGAUAGUUUAUAUAUGGUCACCGAAUGGGUUGAAAAUGGUAAUCUUUGUGAUUACUUGAAAAAGGAGCCAUACCUUCCUUGGAUCGACAAGUGGAGAAUCGCAUCGGAAAUUGCGAAUGCAAUAAAUUUUUGCCAUGGAGUAGAAGUACUCCAUCACAAUAUUAGAGCUAAAAACGUAUUAUUGGAUGAACACCUGAUUGCAAAACUCUCAAAUUUCGAUACCAGUAGAUUUACGACUGGAACUACAACUACUAUUCCUGGAAUAAGAGAUGGCCUUGAGUGGAAAGCUCCAGAGAAAAUUCGAUCAGAGGUCGAAAAGAGAAGAUUUGACUUACAACAUUACGAGAGUGAGAAAGAGAAAAAAAUAAUUGACUUGAAACAUGAGUCGCUUCCUUUUAAUAAACAAAUGGAUGUGUAUAGUUUCGGAAUGACUCUUUGGGAAAUAGCUGCAAAUGGUGAAAGUCCAUUUUCUAAAAUUGAAGAUGAGGAUCUAGAACAUGAAAUAAUUGGAGGGACACGUCCAGUAAUCCCAGUCGACACUCCACCAGCAUUCGAGAAAUUUAUAAGUGAAGCAUGGAACGAUAAAUGGGCUAAAAGACCGAAAAUUGAAGUAAUUGCCGAUAAUCUAUUUAAAAACUAUCAAUUACUUAAAGAAAAAAAUUCUCAAACAAAGAGUUAUCUUAUUCCGCCUUCGACACCACAUUAUCAAAGGCCUCUUACACCUGUACCAUCAGAUGAUUCUCUUUCUGGAACGAUUUACUAUUUGAAAGUGGCAAGCAGUAAUCGACGAUACGAUGCUGAUUGUAGAUUGGCUGAGAUUUAUAUGGAAGUAAGUUCAACUUCAUGGACGCCUGCGGGUAGAUAUGGUCAUUGCUCAGUCACUUACAAAAAUCAACUUUACGUGUUUGGUGGGUGGGAAAACAACACUGAUGAGAAUGGUGUAAAUAUUUCCCCGAAUUAUUUCUUCUAUACUACUUUGCCAAUAACAAGUUCGAAUCCAACCUGGCUUCUUUUACCAGCUGGGAAUUCCACGAGUGUAGGCUCAGCGGCGUGCGUCGUAACUCCAUCAGGGUAUUUACUGAUCCUCGGCGGAAUUAUUUCAUCGAAAUAUACGGAUAACAAAGUAUCAACACAAGUUUACGAUUUAAAUAAAAAUAUUUGGGUUGAUUGGAAAAGUUUGAUGCAAGAGAGAUAUCCGGGAUUCGGGAUUAGUCCAAAAGCUGCAUUGAUUACUCCAAACUAUGUUGUGGUUUACUCGGGGAAUACAGGAGUCAAUGAAGAUGGAAAGCGAUUGCCUGUGCAAUUUUUGUAUUUUUUAAAUAUGACUACAAUGGGUGCGUGGACGUGGUCAGAAGCGAAGAAAAGUUCGUCGAUUGACGCGCCCAUAUCUCGAAUAAUAGCAACAGCAAAAGGAAAUAUUUUUUUAUUUGGCGGCUAUUUUCCUUAUGAAUCUGGCGACAAUACUGGAUUUUCAACACACUUUUACAUAUCAAAUCGAAAAGAUCAAUGGGUAUCACCGGACGCUAAUCUUCCAUUCGGAGUUCGCGAUGGAGCAGUUGGAAUCCGUAAAAACAUGAUUUAUUUAAUCGCCAGUGACGCAAAUAAUCCGGGUGUUAAUGUAUUUCCAUUGGAUUUAACAUCAUUGACAUUUGGAUCUACCUUGAAUUUUCCGGGUAUGAAAGGAAGAAUCGGCGCAUCUUAUGCUCAAUUUACCGGAUCAGAUUCAUUCUUGAUAUUCGGUGGAUGUACUGUCGAACAAUGUAAUGCACCUUUGGACACCCUUCAAGUAUUCAACAUGACCACAAAAAAUUGGACAGUUGAACAUGCAAGUAUCACGAAACCAAUAUCAUCAAAUAAUUUUACGAUACCACUCGUAAAUGGAAUCGAUUUGAACGCAGAAGACGAUGAUACAGAUAAUUCAAUAGUAAAUCCAAGUCCUUCUUCAAAUCCAAAUCAUGGCGCAAAUGCCAACGCAGACGCAAAUCAUUCGAAAAGAACACCGACAUGGUUAAUUGUAUUAAUUUCUUGUAUAGUCACUGCAGUGUUCUUCUCAUUUGUAUUUGCCGGAUUAUGGCACUUAAGAAAUAAAAUGCUUGGUCCGAGGACAAGUUUCGAAAUUACACAACCACCAAUAUCACCACCAAUAUCACCAACAAUACAAACUCAAUGUAAUUCACAAAAUACUACAAGCGUUGAAAGAUCUUUUCCAUCAACGAGAAUGAACUCUAGUGUCGCAGCUUAUAGCUCAAAUUCGGCCAGUGUACGAAAUACUGUUGACGAAUCUUUACACAGAGUGUCGGAUCCGCCUAAGUCUGAAGCAGAAAUUGUUAAUGUGUCAUCAAAUUUACCUGAAAAACCGUCACAUCAAUCAGCGACUACGACGUCUACUCCUCCCGUACCACCUAUACCUGUUAGAUCUAAUAAUCGAUUAAAUACGCGAAGUGAAAUAAUUGGGUUAUUUGACUCUUGGGAUCGAGUUGCACAAGAUACUGGGUCAAAUGCGGACGCUGGGCGAUCGGGGAAUAAUUCUACGGGGAAUCCUAGGCCUUAUACAUAUGGUGUACCAUUUUGA